ACCGCCGAGAAGGAGAAAAAAAUCCAGCGAGCAAGAGAAGGAUGGGUGGCAGUGGUACACCGAUUAAAAAAAGCAAAAAACAAGGAGAUCAUCAGAUCAAGCAGGGAUGCGCGAGCGAGACUUGGGGGGCGAGCCCAUCCACCCACGCCGGCCGCACCACCCCACCCGGCGGCCUUCAAGUCUGCAUCUGCAUUCUGCAGCCCAACGCCACCCGCACCGCUUGCUUUACCAGCAGUCCAGCACUGGCCGUCUGGCCCGGGCCGUCCCCGUCCGUUCCCCCUCGCCGAUGCGAGUUGCUCCAGCCGUCACCGUCAAGUAACGGCCCCCCCACCCCACCCCACCCCGCGUCCAGGCUCCUUCUGGGGGAGGCCGCGGCUCACCGGGCUGGCUGCGCCCCCCCACCGGCGCCUCCUCUUUAACUCUCCUCGCCUCCGUUACCGUCUUCCCCCUUUCCACCUCCCCCCACCCCGCUGUGCUCAUCCAUCGACCGCGACGAGCCCCCGCCCGCCGAUUCGACUACGUUUAUUUUUUUUAUUUCAUUUGAUUUGAUUGCAAAGCACCGCAGCAGCAGGAGGAGGGGAAGGGAGGGAUCGUUGGACCGUCGUUCGGCUGGAUGGUGGAGGCGGUUCGUCGAUUUGAGGGCACCGGGUUUCUUGGACCUGCGUAGGUAAAAAACACCAGCCCCAUUUCCCUCUCGGCCGGCGGAUGGACGCGAGGGAGGUGUGAAGCCUGGUCGCUAACUGAUGCUCGUGGAGAGAUUCGGAGGAGAGGAGCGCGCCGUGCGGAGGCGGUGGAGGAGGAAGCGCCGACGAUUUGGACAGCGCAGCGACGGAAGGGGAGCAGCAGGCGGACGAGGAGCGAGCCGCCAGGAGGACGACGGCCGCCGCCGCCGCCGCCGCCAUGGGCGAGUCGCUGCUCACCGCGCUCUCCAUGGACACCGCCACAGCCCACCACCCGCACCAGGGCCCCUCCACCUUCCUCUCCAUGGACACCGCCUCCCACGACGACUUCGACCUCUUCCUCCAGCCACAGGGGCCCUUCCGCCGCUGCCUACAUGCCGCGGCGGUCGCCCCCCCUGACAUCAACCUUCCCCUAGCCGCCGACCCGUCUCCGCCACCUCUGGCGUCGCUCGACGCCAACGUUGACAUGCUAGAUGUCGGCCUCGGCGGCUCGCAGCACUACGACUCGGAUUCGCCCGCUGCCGCUGGGCCAGUCUCGGCCCCGGCAGCAGCAGCGACCACCAUGGUCGCCGUGUCCCACACCAAGGGCUCCGGUUCCAGUGCUGCGCGCAAGUGUGUCAAGAGGAAUGUUAGCAUCUGGGGAGCGUGGUUCUUCUUCACCCACUACUUCAAGCCAGUCAUGUCUGCGGACAAGGCUGGCAAAGCGAAGGCAGCCACCACCACCGGCGGGAACGGCAAUAGCGCCACACUGGACGCUUUCCUGGUGCAGCACGACAUGGAGAACAUCUACAUGUGGGUGUUUAAGGAGCGUCCGGAGAAUGCCCUGGGGAAGAUGCAGCUGAGGAGCUUCAUGAAUGGGCACUCACGCCUUGGGGAGCCACAGUUCCCAUUCAGCGCAGACAAAGGGUUUGUGCGCUCACACCGGAUGCAGCGCAAGCACUACCGUGGCCUCUCUAACCCACAGUGUCUUCAUGGGAUCGAAAUCGUGAGGGCGCCAAAUUUGGCGGGUGUACCUGAGGCUGAUUUAAAGAGGUGGAUGCAGCUCACUGGGAGGGACGCCAAUUUCUCGGUCCCAACUGAGGCGAGUGAUUUUGAGUCCUGGAGGAAUCUGCCGAGCACAGACUUUGAGCUCGAGAGGCCAGCAACCGCGGCUCCUGCAAAGAGCAGUUCACAUGGACACCACAAGAAGUUGCUGAACGGUUCUGGCCUUAACCUCUCGACGCAACCAUCCAAUCACAGUUCUGGGGAUGGCAUGGAGAUCACAGCCACCUGUAACAAGCGCAGGAAGGAUUCCUCACCGACCGCAAUGGAAGAGGACUGCAGCAAUUCGAAUUCGGACAAGGCCCAAGACAUGGAUGUGAUCCACACCUUCGAGCCAUCAUGGAUGAAUGACUUCUCAGGUGUGAUGCGCCAUGCUUCUGGACCAGUAACCGCUGCAAAAACAAUAUACGAGGACAGCAAGGGCUACUUGAUCAUCGUUAGCCUGCCUUUCGCUGAUUUUCAGAAGGUGAAGGUUUCAUGGAAGAACACUCUUACAAAUGGGAUCGUUAAGGUAUCAUGCACUAGCGUUGGUCGGAUGCCACUCCUGAAAAGGCAUGAUCGGACUUUCAGGUUGGCGGAUCCUGCUCCUGAGCAUUGCCCGCCGGGAGAGUUUGUCCGGGAGAUCCCACUCCCUACCCGAAUCCCUGAAGACGCCACUCUGGAAGCGUACUGCGAUGAAACAGGGACAGGGCUGGAGAUUAUUGUCCCGAAGUUCCGCGUUGGCCCUGAAGAACACGAAGUGCAUGUGUCCAUGAGGCCACCCUCGUCCUGGUGCCAAUGAAACCUGUUUCCAAGCUUGCGGGGGGAGACACACAUACGGUGUGGAGGUUUGCCGUAAGGCUAAGGCUACUGCACAACAAAUGCAGCUCAGUUUUGCUAAUUUUGAUGGGAAACAGUCCUUGAUUGAUUGAAGCAUUCUGGUAGUUGGCCGCCGCAGCGUUUGGAACAUUUUAGGAAAUAUGCUACGGGUCGCAAGGAACAUGCUUGCAUUACUUAGGUGCUGUUUGGUUCACAUAUUUGUAACGUAAUGGGUAACGGAUAACAUUAAAUCAUGUUUGUUUUAGUCCAACCGUAAUCAGAUACCACACUAAAAUUUGAUACCAGCCUAUUCAAAUUUGUUACCGCCAGUAAUCGAGCUGAAACCAUUACCAUUACCAUUUGCGUUACAUUUUUUGAACCAAACAGCACCUUAGUUCUUGUAUGGGGAUACACCUAGUGUGUUACAUUUCGUUUCCGUUGUGUCGAAAGACUGGUUGUCUGCUCGAUGUGCUGCAAUCCGUGCAUCGCCCACCCGUCACGAGCAACAAUCUGUUUGUGUUGUACACAGAAUGGCAACUGGAUGUAUAGGGGCAUUUAUAGUCAUUUUCCAUAGAUUGAGGUUUGCUUUGUGGGCAUCGUGUAAAAUUCGUCUCAGAUUGAUGGAAACUAGGAAGAAAAAGAAGAUGGCAGUGUCUUUAGGAUUUGGCGAAGUUGUAAUGGGGAUUAGGCGGUGCUGUAGCAUUCUGUCUAGUUUCCAGGAAUUUGUAGAAGACAAAUGUAAAUCUGUUGUUCCGUCAUCAAUAUAGAAAAGUGGUCUGUGUCUACCAGCAAA